AUGUCAGAAGUGUCUCUCCUUCUUAAAAAUAUUGCGAAGGAAAUAGGAAAAGAUGAAAAAAUCGUUUAGCCAUUUAUUAACAUAUUAGAGGAUAAUUUUUAUGAUACCAUAGAAUCAAUUAAAGAUCUUAAAACAGAAGACUAUGAAAAAUGGAAAUUCCCUAAGCGUAUAAGUGAUUUGAUAAUUUAAAAAAUAUAAGAAACAUUAUAGGGUAAACCUCAAUAAGGGCAGUAAUCUGUCUAAUCUAAUGUCCAAUAACAAUAAACUUAGCAAAGUAACUAAGUCGUUACUUAAUAAUCUGAAAUGGUUUCUGAACCAUCAAAACAAGAAUUAAUUGUUCAAAAGCUUCAAGAUUUGUAAAAAAGUAUAUCAACUACACAGCGUUAUAUUGACUUAUUAAAUUUUGUUAAGAAAAUCAUCUCAAAUAUAGCUGCAAAUCCUAAAGAAUAAAAAUUCAGAAGAAUCAAGCAAUCCAACCAACACUUUUAAAUAAACUUUUUGCCUAAUAAAGAGGCAUUAGAAUUCAUGUAUUUAAACAAUUUUAAGCUUGAUGAAGAAGGUAUAUUCUUAGCAGAUUAAGAUUUAGAUAUAGAAACUUUGAAUUUAUCAAUUAUCAAUAUUGAUAAUGCUUUAAUAGAAGCAACUCCUUCGAAUUUCAAUCCUUAUUAAACUUAUACUUCUGGCAAUGAAGUACUUUGUGCUAGAAAUUUAGCAUAAAAAGAAGGAUUUGUAAAUUACUAUGAAGAACUUUAGAAGCUAAAGGCUAAAAGAUUAUAAGUAAUGUCAUAGCCAGUUUCUGAUAGAAAAACUAGAGUGUUUAUUCAAAAUCAAAAUUAAUCCAGAUAAAUGGAAAUGUAAAAUGAAGAAGUUGAAGAGAAUUAAUUACUCAGAGAAUUUUCUGAUUAAUUAAAAAAAAUGAUUUAAAAUUUAGACAAGCAGCAAUUCUCAUCGAAAAGUAAGCAAGAAUAUGAAAAAUUGCUAAAAGAUCCUGUUUACACAAAAUCAUUAAUAAGAAUUAAAUUUCCUUAAAAUGUUAUUCUAGAAGGAAACUUUAGUCCUAUGGAAACUAUCAAGCAUGUCAUUGAUUUUGUUGCCUUAAAUUUAGAAAAUCCAGAAGUACCAUUCUACUUAUUUUAAUCUCCUCCUCGUCAAGUAUUUGAUAAAAGAUUCCAUCAAAAGACUCUUGAUGAAAUGGGAUGCUUACCAGGAGCUGUUUUUUACUUUGCAAUUGACAAUGAUCCAGAAUUCUAAAAGAAAUUCUAUUUAAAAACAGAAUUCAAAUAAUAUUUAUGA